AUGGCGCCCAUGGAGUGGGAGCCACCAGCCAUGCCAGCCGUGGCUGUCGGGGUGGCCAUCGUGGUGGCCAUCGCGGUGGCCGUUGUGGCCAUUGUCAUGUCCAUGGUGACUUGUGGUGGAGUGAAACGCUGGGUUGUCCGGAUGGUGCAGAGACGAGAUGUGCGAGGGCGAUGGAGGCAUAUCCCUGCUGCAUUGUCGUCGGCGGAUGCCAGAGCCUUAUAUACGGAGUCCGCCAGCGCAAAGUACUGGAUGCCAAGAGGAGGAAAUCGCGACAAACGAGAUCAACCACGCCAGAACCACGCCAGGGCCACGUCAGGGCCACGCCAGAGCCGUAGCGCCAUGAAAACGUAUGGUGUACAAAAUCUGCAGAUGUGA